UGCACCAUAGUGCGAUUACAUGAAGGCUCCUGCCCUUCAAUGUCUGUAAAAGAUUCCUGAAGCUGGCGCCAUGCUUGAUGGCCCAGCUGUGGCAGGAGGGGAUGCCUUAGUUCCUCGUCCUGGCCGCUGUUCCUGCCGCUCUCCUCAUGGUUGCCAUUGGGAGCUCAUUCUUAGUAGAGAUGUUGAUGAAAACAGGCAAAGCUGAAAGGGUUUCUAGUGUCCUGAUGGCCUUUGCACAGUCAGAUGUUGCAGAGGUAGUGUGCAAAGGUGGAUCCAGCUGCCGGCACUAUUGUGCAUGCUGGGGUUUCACUGGAAGGAUUUGUAUUCCUGAACAGGAUGAGUUUUCUGCAGAGACAAUGCUAAUGCAGAUGUCAAGUUUAAACUCAUAUCCCAGGCAUAUGAAGUUCUGUCGGACCCAAAGAAAAGGGACCUCUAUGACCAGGGUGGGGAGCAGGCUAUUAAAGAAGGAGGCCUGAGUGGCGGCAGCUUCUCUUCACCCAUGGACAUCUUUGACAUGUUCUUUGGUGGUGGAGGCCGAAUGAAUAGAGAGAGAAGAGGCAAAAAUGUUGUGCAUCAGUUAGGUGUUUCUCUUGAAGACUUAUAUAAUGGUGCUACAAGGAAACUGGCACUGCAAAAGAAUGUUAUUUGUGGAAAGUGUGAAGGUUAUGGCGGAAAGAGGGGGGCAAUAGAAAAGUGCCCUGUGUGUAAAGGAAGAGGAAUGCAAGUUAUAGUUCAGCAGAUUGGACCUGGCAUGGUACAACAAAUCCAAACUGUGUGUCCAGAAUGCAAAGGCCAAGGUGAAAGAAUAAAUCCAAAGGACAGGUGUGACAACUGCAAUGGCUGUAAGGUUGUAAGAGAGAAAAAGAUCAUAGAAGUUCAUGUUGAUAAAGGUAUGAAAGAUGGUCAGAAGAUAGUAUUUCAUGGAGAAGGUGACCAGGAGCCUGAUCUGGAGCCUGGUGAUGUUAUAAUUGUGCUUGAUCAAAAGGAUCACAGUGUCUUUCAGAGGCGAGGGCAUGACUUAAUCACAAAAAUGAGAAUUCAACUCUCGGAGGCUUUAUGUGGUUUCAGAAAGACCAUUGAAACUCUGGAUAACAGAGUUCUUGUCAUAUCGUCUAGACCAGGUGAAGUGAUAAAACAUGGUGACCUGAAGUGUAUAUACAACGAAGGGAUGCCUAUCUACAAAUCUCCCAUGGACAAAGGCAGCUUAAUUAUACAAUUUUUGGUCCAGUUCCCAGAGCACUACUGGCUCCCAAGGGAGAAACUGUGUCUGCUGGAGGCCCUGCUUCCUCCACGAGAAGAUGUUAUGAUUACAGAUGAGAUGGAUCAGGUAGAUCUUGAAGAUUUUGAUCCAAAUGAGCAAACCUACCGUAACAGUGCAGGAGAAGCAUAUGAAGAAGAUGAGGAGGGUCCAAGAACAGGAGUACAAUGUCAGACAUCUUAAAGCAAGGCGGAGUGGAUGUCAUCUAAAAGUGUAAAUUUUCACAAUGAAAACUGCAUGGCUGUAAUAGCCACUGCUUGUGGUUUUUGUGUUCAGCAAAUUGAGUUGCUGCGCUGUCAGUAUCACCUUUUUGUAACUAAUUUAUAUUGUGUUCUUGUCUUUAUAUAUAAAGCAAAUGUCACACAGCUGAGAAACAACUGAGUUGGUAUACUGUUUGCUGUGAAGGUUCUCAAUUUAUUUCACCUAUGCUAUUUAUAUAAGACUUUGGCAAUAUUGAUAAGGCUAAGUUGAGUGUCUUAUGUAAAUACUUUCAUACUGGAAAACUAAUUUCAUGAAAUGAAACAUAGCAGAAAUAACUUGUAAUAAAUAGAAUUCUGCACAUUUUGUCAUGUUUCUCUUCUACUUUCUAAGCCACUGUAAAACCUCCUUUAUUUAAGUAAGUUCCUCUAAGCUUAGAUUCCUGUUACCAAGUCUAGCUUGUUCACCGUAAUCAGCUUUAUCAGCUGCAACACUUGUACCUGUUUUUCAAAAGCAUUGCAUAAUAGUGCUUUUCUCUUGUAUUAGAGGAGCACUCCUUCAGCUGCUUCAUCCUUUGUAAGUGUAACUUAGAGCUACAGUCUCUUCUUCUACCCUGUAUAGAGUGUAGCCUGCAUUGUUCUAGUUUACAUACAGACACACUAAAUAAAAUUUUGAUCUUUCAGAG